AUGGAAUAAUUAUCAAUUACUCAGAAUUAUGAUUGUCGAAUAAUGUAAAAUAAUCAAUGCAUAUUGUGUGAACAUGGAAAUCUUGAGUCUAUAACUGGAAUUUGCAUCUUAGAUUACCAUUUAGAAAACUAAUGUAUAGGUCAUUGCAAUAUAUGUUUAAAUUAAGAAUGUCAACAAUGUGAGUAUGGUUAUUACGAAACGUAUUGUCUUUAGGGAGAUGGGUCAAAUCUUCCAAUUGAGCGUUGCACUGAUUUCAACUAAUAAUAAUCAUAAAUUUGCAAAUAAUUUUAAGAAUGUAAUUAAAAUUGCAUUUGCUGUUUUUAUUGUAAAUUCUCUUGCGAUACAAAUUGUUAUGAUUGUUUUUAAAGAAUCUGCUAGACUUGCUAAGAUAGCUUUAUUUUGAAUUAACAUCAUUUAUGUGAUCCACUUUGUGGUGAUAAUUUUGUAGUUCCAUUUUCAAUAGAAUAGUGUGAUGAUGGUAAUUUCAAUUCUCUUGAUGGUUGUUAUAAAUGCAAAUAUGAAUGUCUAUCUAAUUGUCUUGAUUGUAAUUAAAUACUAUGUCUUAAAUGUAAAGAAGGCUUUGAAACCAAUAAGUCUUAUUAUAUUCCUAUAUGUGGAGAUGGUAUCAUUAUUUAAGAAUUUGAGGAUUGCGAAGAUUUAAAUGAUGAACCUUAUGAUGGUUGUUAUGAAUGCAAAUUUUAAUGUAGACAAAAUUGUAAAUUAUGUAGUAAAGGGGUUUGCUUAGAUGAAUGUCCUGAAGGAAUGAUUUAUGUUGGUGAUAUUUGUAUGCCGAAAAAAUGUAUUGAUAAUUGCCAAAUUUGUGAGAAAGGAAAUUGUUUUGAAUGCAAUAUAGGAUAUUCUUAUGAUGGGUUAAAAGAUUAAUGUAUUUAAGAUAAAUUAUCAGACUCUUCUUUAAAUGUAUCAAUGAUUGAAAUGGAUGAAAACUAAUACAUAUGUCGUCUUACAGAAUGUGUUUUUUCACCAGCCCCUAUUCUGUAAGUAAUCUUAAUUAACCAGACUUUUUCAAGAUAAUAUGUGGAGAUCUUCUUCGAUUAACAAGUUAAAUUGAAAUUUGAUGAAGAAGAAUUAAAAUUUCAAUUCAAUUUUACUAAUUUAAAGUAAGGAGAUUAUAUUAUUACAUUGCAUUAAAAAUAACCAAUAAAUUAUGAAAUAAAUUUUGCUUCUUACAUAGUUGAAAUUGAAAAUUUAGCCUCAAUAAAUGAAAAACCAUUCUUGCAAAUAUUUUGCUCUUCAGAUGUCAUUAAUUCUAAUAACUAAACCUUUUAAAAUAAAUUUGCCUCUAUCAAAUUAAAUUACCCUUAAAUCUUAUCUAAUGAAUAAAAAUAAACAUCUUAAUUUAUGCAAAAUGCUAAUAAAGCAUUCAUGUAUGGAGCUAUCUCAGUUAGUUUGGUUUCAUUAUUUGCAGGAGAUUCUUCAUUCUUUUUAGAAACACUUUAUGUAUUAUAAUAAUAAUCUUUCUUGAAAUUUAUUAAUGUUGAUUACCCUGAAAAUCUUUACAUUUAUUUUGAGGCUUCUGAUAUGUUAAGUGUUAGUUCAUAUUUUAGUUAAUUAAAUUUGGAUUACUAUUAUAAUUUCAUAUCACAGAAAACAGAACCUCUUUAAGUGAACGGAAAAUUUGAACUUUAUGAUGUAGAUCCUGAUUUGAUUAUAAGUUUACUUCCUUAGGUUUUUUAAUGUUCAGGUAUUGUACUACUUUUGAUUUUGAGCAGAUUCAUCUAUAGGUUAUUUCAUUUGAUUAUGUCCAAAAAAUAGAUCUAUGAUUACUUUAAUUCUAAAUCAUAAUUCUUAAUAAAAUCAUUUUUAACAAUAUUAAAUACUUUGAGAAUUUAGAUGAAGAAUUUGAUAAAUUUAAGAAGAAAUUUAAACUCUAACUAUAUAAAAAUUUUCUUCUCAUUAAAUGCUUGGGAUAUACUUUUUAAAUCGAUAUUAUAAAUUCGCUAUACUUAAUUUAAAUAAGCUAGGGAAUAUAUUCAACUGAUAGGUAGUUUUCUAUUGAUAUAUACAUAUGGUUCAUAUAUGAUUGAAUUUUUAAGGAAAAAGGGGAAGUCAGAGAAUAAAUAUGAUUUUGAAUCAAGAAUAUUUUUAUCCUUGGAUUUGUGUAGAAAAUUUAUAUACCAUUUUGUUUUGAUUUUUUUUUAAGAAUGCCCUAC